CUCCGCCGACCAUCUCUCUCUCCGUCUGGACCUCUAUUCCUGCUCCAGUCGCCCAAUCAUGGAGCUCGCGGCGAGGUGUGCGCUCCUGCUCUCCAGCUUCUCCCUGCUCGCAGCGCUCGAUCUGGACGCGAUUGAGCCCGGCUACUAUGUGGAGACCAGCAGCCCAUCAGACCUGAUCGACUAUAAAGAUCCCUGCAAAGCUGUGGCUUAUCUUGGAGACAUUGCGCUGGAUGAGGAAGAUAUGCGCAUGUUUACAGUCGACCGCAUUGUGAAUUUAGCCGACAGAACGGUCACAAUUCUGAACCACACCAACACGGGUUCACUGUCGAAUGAGACGAGUGUAAACACUACAGCGUCCAGCAGGGGGUCCCAUCGCAGGAGGAGGGCGGCGACGUCCAGACCUGAGAGAGUGUGGCCUGAAGGCGUCAUUCCUUAUGUUAUCAGCGGGAACUUCAGCGGUAGCCAGAGAGCCAUAUUCAGACAGGCCAUGAGGCACUGGGAGAAACACACAUGUGUGACGUUCAUUGAGAGAACGACAGAAGAAAGCUACAUCGUCUUCACCUACCGGCCGUGUGGGUGCUGUUCAUACGUGGGCCGCAGAGGAGGGGGUCCGCAGGCCAUAUCCAUCGGGAAAAACUGCGAUAAGUUUGGAAUUGUGGUGCAUGAGCUCGGACACGUGAUCGGAUUCUGGCAUGAGCACACGCGACCCGACAGAGACGAACACGUCAGUAUCAUACGAGACAACAUUCAGCCAGGACAGGAGUACAACUUCCUGAAGAUGGAGCCUGGAGAGGUGGACUCACUCGGAGAGGUUUACGACUUCGACAGCAUCAUGCACUACGCAAGAAACACCUUCUCCAGAGGGAUAUUUCUGGACACUAUUCUGCCACGAUAUGAUGUGAACGGCGUCCGGCCUCCUAUAGGUCAGAGGACCAGGUUGAGUAAAGGAGACAUCGCACAGGCACGCAAACUUUACAAGUGUCCAAGAUGCGGAGAUAGUUUGCAGGAGAGCAGCGGGAACUUCUCGUCUCCUGGUUAUCCGAAUGGUUAUUCAGCAUAUAUGCACUGCAUUUGGAGGAUUUCAGUCACGCCGGGUGAAAAGAUCAUCCUGAACUUUACAUCCAUGGAUUUAUACCGGAGUCAUUUAUGUUGGUACGAUCACGUGGAAAUCAGGGAUGGAUAUUGGAGGAAAGCACCGUUGAAAGGUCGAUUCUGUGGGGAUAAAUUACCUGAUCCGAUCAUCUCGACAGACAGUCGCCUGUGGAUUGAGUUCCGCAGCAGCAGCAACUGGGUGGGAAAAGGCUUCUCUGCUGUUUAUGAAGCUAUUUGUGGUGGGGAAGUGAAGAAAGACAAUGGUCAAAUUCAGUCUCCAAACUACCCAGACGACUACAGACCGAACAAAGUGUGCGUGUGGAAGAUCACCGUUGCCCAGGGUUACCACGUCGGCCUCACCUUCCAGUCUUUUGAGAUCGAGAGGCAUGAUAACUGUGCGUACGACUACCUGGAGGUUCGAGACGGGAACUCGGAAAGCAGCCCGCUUUUGGGCAGGUUCUGCGGUUAUGACAAACCUGAUGAUAUUAAAUCCAGUUCCAACCAGCUCUGGAUGAAAUUCGUGUCUGACGGUUCUGUUAAUAAGGCCGGAUUUGCUGCCAAUUUCUUCAAAGAAAUGGACGAGUGUUCCAGACCCGACAACGGUCGCUGUGAGCAACGCUGUGUCAACACUCUGGGUAGUUACAAGUGCGCCUGUGACCCCGGUUACGAACUGGCGGCGGACAAACGGAGCUGUGAAGCUGCCUGUGGGGGUUUCAUCACCAAGCUGAACGGGUCCAUCACCAGUCCCGGCUGGCCCAAAGAGUACCCACCUAACAAGAACUGCAUCUGGCAGCUCGUGGCGCCGACGCAGUACCGCAUCACGCUGCUUUUCGACGUCUUCGAGACCGAGGGCAACGAUGUGUGUAAGUAUGAUUUCGUGGAGGUGAGAAGCGGUCUCUCUGCGGACUCCAGACUGCAUGGCAAAUUCUGCGGCGCUGAGAAACCCGAGGCCAUCACUUCACAAUACAACAACAUGCGCAUCGAGUUCAAGUCCGACAACACCGUGUCCAAGAAGGGCUUCAAGGCCCAGUUCUUCUCCGAUAAAGACGAGUGCUCGAAGGAGAACGGCGGAUGUCAGCAUGAGUGUGUGAACACCUUCGGCAGCUACAGCUGUCAGUGCAGGAGCGGCUUCGUCCUGCAUGAGAACAAACACGACUGCAAAGAGGCCGGCUGUGAUCAUGUUGUGAACAGUGUGAGUGGGACCAUCACCAGCCCCAACUGGCCAGAUAAAUACCCCAGUAAGAAGGCCUGCACCUGGGCUCUCUCCACCACGCCAGGACACCGCAUCAAAAUAGCUUUUAAUGAAAUCGACAUGGAGCCUCAUCUGGAAUGUGCUUACGACCACAUCGAGAUUUAUGACGGCCGGGAUAGUAAAGCACAGAGUCUCGGACGCUACUGCGGCACCAAGAAACCUCAACCCAUCAUAUCCACCGGAAACAAGAUGUUCAUCCGCUUCUUCUCGGAUAACUCGGUGCAGAAGAAAGGCUUCGAGGCUUCCCAUACUGCAGAGUGCGGAGGGCGUCUGAAAGCGGAGGUGAAGACUAAAGACCUCUAUUCUCAUGCCCAGUUUGGUGAUAAUAACUACCCCGGGGCAUCGGACUGUCAGUGGGUGAUCACAGCAGAGAAGGGCUACGGCGUGGAGCUCAUCUUCCAGACCUUUGAAAUCGAGGAGGAGGCCGACUGUGGCUACGAUUACAUGGAGCUGUUCGACGGAGCCGACACCAAAUCACCCAGACUCGGACGCUACUGCGGAUCAGGGCCUCCAGAAGAGAUCUACUCAGCCGGCGACUCCAUCGUCAUCAAAUUCCACUCUGACGACACCAUCAACAAGAAGGGCUUCCACGUGCGCUACACCAGCACCAAGUUUCAGGACACACUCCACUCCCGUAAGAAGUGACCCCUAGUGGCCGGGAGGGGCCGUGCAGGGCCUAGGGGGAAGCGAAAGGGCCCCAGGGGGAGGUCCUCGCCCAUCGCUCGGAGCCCCCCGGCCGCCAGGAACACCCAGACUCGACGGACCAGCCGCAAGAACUCCAACCGCACCUCAGUAGUUCACAGGGGCUCUGGCAUCCCCUACUGACUGUGAGGAGUAAAGCCAUUUCGCAGUAGACCUUGUUUUUACCUUCUUUUUUUAAACGAUUACAUUCGUGGGCAAGAUGUGGAUUAGGGGAGGGGGGGUGGAAAGUAUUCAGUCGCUGGAUACCAACAUAGGGGCGAAAUCAAAAGGGAGGGUGGGAAGGGUGGGCAUAGCUGAUCUGGUUACUAGAAUCCCACUUGUCGCCUUUUCAUGAGCCGAGAGUGCAUACACGAAGGAACUCCCGCAGGAGAACCAACCGGUCAACCAAACUCAAAUAGUAGGAAGGGAGAAAGGGGCAUUCGGGACGCAAGUUUCCAACGUUGAAUGGAGAGAUUCACUGCAGCGCUGUGGGGAAACAACCGUCUCUUCUUGACUCUUCAUUGCCUUGUUCAUGAUGGCCACCGUGGGCCAGUUCCUGUGUCGUCACUUGAGCAAAUGACACUGUAUGUCAAAGAGAUGCAUGUGGUACAGCUUGAAGGAAAUGUGGACGUGAUGGUGGCACCAGCAUUUGUAAUGAUAACCCGCUAUUUCCCUGGCCAGUAGUCCAGAAGGUUCCCUGCCCCCCCCCAACGAAAUGAUCAAUCUCUAGGAGGUUUUCCAGAAACAGUUAUCAUAUUAAAAGACUUAUAAACAAAGUGUGGCCCAUGUCUGAUGGAUGUUAAUUGCUUCUGCUUUAAAAAAAAA